CAGAUCCCAUCCUCAUCCCUUCAUUCGCCUCUCCUGCCCCUGCCUGCACCGUUGCAGAGGUGGGGGUGGGAGGGGCGAGUCGUGUGAUUUACCCAGGAUCCCAGGCGAGCCCUGGGUUCGACUUCCUUCUCCAGCCUCCUUCCCCACCCGAGCCUGAGCAAAUGCUGCGUUAACCAGCCUUGCUGGGUGGUCACAUGGUUUGCUGCUGCCUCCCCUGGUAGCUGCCGCUUGUCAGCAGCUGGCGGAGCUGGAGGCUGCAGGCCCCUGGCUGCAGAAAGCCUUUUCCUCCCGAAUACUGGGGGUGUGGAGGCCCCGCCUCUUUUUUCUGCACUUUGCACCAUCUGGCUGACUAAAUGGUUGUCCUCUGUACCAAGCAGGCUCCCAAACCAUCCAAGGAAAUUGGCUCUGACUAGGUCAUGUUUGCAUUGGAAGAAUUCAGGGCUGCCUCUGCAUCGUCCCUGGUUUUCUGUCGCAUUCUCAGCAGUGAACAGAGUAUCUGCCAAGCCCGGGCUUCCGUGAUGGUCUACGAUGACACCAGCAAGAAGUGGGUGCCCCUCAAGCCCGGCCAGCAGGGAUUCAGCCGGAUCAACAUCUACCACAACACUGCCAGCAACACCUUCCGCGUCGUGGGAGUCAAGCUGCAGGAUCAGCAGGUUGUGAUCAAUUAUUCAAUCGUGAAAGGGCUGAAGUACAAUCAGGCAACGCCAACCUUCCACCAGUGGCGAGAUGCCCGCCAGGUCUAUGGCUUAAACUUCGCAAGUAAGGAAGAGGCGACCACCUUCUCCAACGCCAUGCUGUUCGCCCUGAACGUCAUGAACUCCCAGGAAGGAGGCCCCUCCACCCAGCGUCAGGUGCAGAAUGGCCCCUCUCCUGAUGAGAUGGACGUCCAGAGAAGACAAGUAAUGGAGCAGCAGCACCAGCACCGCCAGGAGUCCCUGGAGAGAAGAGCCUCUGCCACAGGGCCCCUCCUCCCACCGGGGCACCCCUCAUCUGCAGCCAGCGCCCCACUCUCCUGCAGCGGGCCUCCGCCCCCGCCCCCACCCCCUGUGCCGCCUCCCCCCACCGGGGCCACCCCACCGCCCCCACCCCCACUGCCAGCCGGAGGAGCCCAGGGGGCCAGCCACGACGAGAGCUCCGUGUCAGGACUGGCCGCCGCGCUGGCUGGGGCCAAGCUGAGGAGAGUGCAGCGGCCAGAAGAUGCGUCUGGAGGCUCCAGUCCCAGUGGAACCUCCAAGUCCGACGCCAACCGGGCGAGCAGCGGGGGCGGGGGAGGAGGCCUCAUGGAGGAGAUGAACAAGCUGCUGGCCAAGAGGAGAAAAGCAGCCUCGCAGACAGACAGGCCUGUGGACAGAAAGGAGGACGAAAGCCAAACGGAAGAUCCUAACACCUCGCCUUCUCCAGGGACACGGGCAGCCAGCCAGCCUCCUAACUCAGAGCCUGGCCGGAAGCCCUGGGAGCGGAGCAACUCGGUGGAGAAGCCUGUGUCCUCCCUCCUGUCCAGAAGCCCGUCCUUGGCCAAGAGCCCUGAAGCUAAGAGCCCCCUUCAGUCGCAGCCUCACUCUAGGAUGAAGCCCGCAGGGAGCGUGAGCGACGUGGCCCUGGAUGUCUUAGAUCUGGACCGGAUGAAACAGGAGAUCCUGGAGGAGGUCGUGCGCGAGCUGCACAAGGUGAAAGAGGAGAUCAUUGACGCCAUCAGGCAGGAGCUAAGCGGGAUCAGCACCACGUGAGGUGGCCGGCAGCACCACACAGAGACGCCGGGACGGCAAGGAGCCCCCGCAGGACCACGCCAGUCUCGGCUGUGACGACCGCCGGUCACCCCGAGGACGCGGGUCAGCUCCUGGACUGCCCGAGACGCCGUCUGACCCGGAGCACCAGGCCCACUCGUCUUUUUUGUACUUUAUAUUUGCUUAUUUAAGUGUGCGUUUCUUUCGGUUUAUAGACAAGACGCCCUCGAAUCACUGCUUCAUUAGACGGUUUCCAAGUUCUCUCCUAGGGGAUGCUGGUAGCGUCUCCACACAGCAGAGCUGGCCCAGCACAGCUCUGUCCCCGGCCAUCAUGGUGUUGAAAGGUCUGUCCACGCACCAGUGUCUGUGUCCACACGGUAAUAAACGGCUCACUGUCCACA